AUGGCCACACAGCAGUUGUGCAAGCCUUGUGACCAACAAGUCAAUCACACGGUAACAUGCCACGAGAAGACGACCACGAAAGUCGAGACGUGCCACAACAAGCACGCUCACGAGCACUCCUUCACAGACAAAGUGAAGGACAUGACUCAUAAGAUCUUUGACCACAACAAACACCCUCACAACAACAACUGCUCCACCACUGGCGUGAAAACCCAUCACCAUCACCAGGUGAAGAAGACGGAAGGGCAAGAUGGUCAUUGCCUCCCGAAAAUGUUCGACCACAACACGAAGAAGCACAAGAAGAAGAGUCGCAAGAACAAGCACGAUGGAGGAUGUAGUGACAGUGGCAGCAGCAGCAGCAGCGAUGAGAGCGACAACGAGAAAUCAUCAAAGAAUAAGUGUUAA